GCAAUAAAUAUGCGGAUAGUGGCAAUAUUAUGUCAAUAUCAGUACAAUAGAGUGGUGAUAGAGAUACAAUAUGAUCCUAUUACAGGACGUACUGCAUCAGAAUAAGUUUUAAAUUAUAUGGUCCAAAAAAAUACUAAUAAAUAAACAAAAAAGUAAUUACAACCUGGAAAAAAGGAUGAAUUAUACAUCCCUUAAAAGACAGAUGGCCUACAGUACAGACCUUCAAAAUGAACUCUAUAUAUAUAUAAUGCAUGCCUUGUAGCACCAUCACAUCCCCCCCUAAAUUACAGAAACAUGACACCCCAAAACCUCAUGCUCCUUCCUCUUUCAACCCCUAAAUUAUCCAUUGGAUGCCCAAUACUAGAUCACUGCUUGGGGGGUGGGAUACCCUGCAAGUCCAUAACAGAAUUAGUAGGGGAGAGUGGUUCUGGGAAGACGCAGCUUUGUCUCCAACUUACGGUACGAGCUCAGCUCCCACCCUCACAUGGCAGACUAGGGGGCUCCUCCGUCUACAUAUUCACAGAAUUCAGCUUCCCAUUUCGUCGAUUGCAACAACUAGGCAACCUUUAUCAUGCAUCAUACCCCAACUUAAUAAGGUUGGAGCCAUUGGAAGACAUAUAUGUUCAUGGUGUUCAUGAUGCUCAAGAACUCAUCCAUGUCCUUGGAGACAUAGAAGCAUUUAUUGCCAUUGAUCACACCCGCCUACCUGUGAAACUCAUUGUCAUUGAUUCCAUUGCUGCAUUGUUCCGAUCACAGUAUCAGACAACACCGGCAGAUUUGAAACGGCGGUCUGAAAUGUUCUUCAACAUAUCUGGGACAUUGAAGGGUUUAGCAAAUAAGUUUGGGUUGGCGUUGGUUGUCACCAACCAAGUGGUGGAUUUUAUUGGGCCACAUGAUGGAGUGAAUGGGGUGAGGUUGGGAAACUUGGAGUCCCUGGACACAUCAGGCAGACGGGUGAGUCCAGCUUUGGGAUUGGCUUGGGCACAUUGCAUAAAUUCAAGAGUGUUCUUGGCAAGACAUGAGCAAUCUAUUGAGGUUGACAUUCGUAAUGCUCUUUCAACAAGUAUAUGCAGUCAAACACACAGGACAUUUCACCUUGUAUUUGCCCCACAUCUGGCCUAUGCAUCGGCCGAAUUUGUAAUAAAAAAAGAAGGUAUAGUCGGAGUAUCACAGUAA